CCACCAAAUUUACCGGAUCCGGAAACACAUAGCACACGCAGGUGCAAAAAAAUAUAGAGAAAAUGCAAGUGAUCGCCUUUUCUCAACGAUGUGGACCGUCCUGAAAUCUAUGGCGCAAAAUCUAGCCACGGAAGUGCAAAAGGGAAGGGUCUGCUAGAUCCCGACUUGUUCACCAAAGUCCUUCGUACAGUUGCAGCGGUUUAGCACUUGCGAAGAGGAAGUUCUCCCGUUGCAAACUAAGCCCUGCCAUUCUUCAGUGGCACGUUCAUGCGGCGACAGUGUCCAAAUGAAUCUCGGCCCGUUCACGAUAAGUUUUCAUUGAGUGAAAUUAAAAUUUCUGCGUUAUUCGGCGGAGCGGUCGAGCGUACGCAAUUUUUCGCUAACCAAUUACAACUCACUGCGUAGAAUUCAUCACGAUCAGUGCUGUAACCCGUUGGACACUGGUAAAUAGCCACAUUUCUGUCAGACUCCACUGUAAACAAAACUUCCUGCACGUGCGAAGUGACAGUUGUGAAAUGGCUGUACAUAACCGUUGUUGGUUGCUGGCUUGUUCUACGACGGCGUCCAGCCACGAGGCACCCUAACAAGGGCUUUCAGCGAGGGUUCGACGAAUUUGAAAACAAAUCAGCUCUAUGACUACGGAUGACAGGUGAUCUAGCAUAGGUGUGACUAAGGUAGUUUCGAGAUGCAUUCGGGCUUGAAUAACUGCGUGCCACUGAACGCUAAUCAGACUCUUUACGGAGACGAGGACUCUGACAGUGACGAUGAUGUGAUUGAUGUGUUGUCAGCAGAUCACUGCACCGGAGAACAUAGUUAUACGAUGCAGAUGCCGUCGAGUAUGGUCCAACAGGUCCGAAAAGCGGCCCAGCGAAAAGCCGUCGAAGAGUGUCCGGACUUGAGCUCGGAGCUACAGUCUGCUUAUCGCCUCGUGCAGCAUUUGACAUCACCGGCCUGUCACAAGUACAGCGCACCAUUCAUAACUGCUUUCGACACAGAGCAAAAGGAAUACAAAAGUUACGAAAAGGUUAUCAAGACCCCAGUGUGGUUUAACAAAGUGACUGAAAAGCUAAAGGGCAACAGCUACAUGAGCAUUACGGAGGUUGUGAGAGAUAUCCGACUCAUAUUGGAGAACUGCUACAGGUUUUUCGGGCCUUCGCAUUCCUUCUCCAAACGGGCUAUGAAGCUCGAAACCGUUCUGGAGCAGAAAUUGGCUCUUCUUCCAAGGGAACUUCGAGAGAAGACCUCUAUCGAAGCCACAACGUUAGAUGGAAUGGAUAGCUUAACUCCAAAAGGUCGGCGCGCACGUCUGCUAAGGCCGUCGACCGAGAUGUCGGCACUCAUGACGAUCGUGAAGAGCGAGAACGCCGCGAGGGCCCGUGAGGAGCGCGUGAAGCAACGGGAGGAACGUCGCUUCGAAAAGGAAGUUGCGCACCAGGUCGCCUCGGAUUGGGACCGGGAUACUUUUCAGGAGGAGCUUCCAAAGAUUGCCUCAUUGUGGGAUUUUCCGCAGGUCUGUCAGUUCCUGGCCCUGGCACAGGAAAUCCUAAACCUUCCAGAAAUGUCCAUGUGUGAGGCUGAGCGCAUGUUUGUCAUGCCUCAGCAGAGCGUGCUCCUUUCGACAGUAAUGACUUGUCUUCUGGUGAGCCCACAUCACCGGUCAAGAGUGUCACAAAAGGGUCCGAUGCCAUACAGAAUAUGGCAGGACAGGCUCAACACUCGACUUGGGCUCUGGUACAAGACCUAUCAUUCCCACCCACAGCAGCCGACAAAGGUGUUGGAUGUUUAUGGUGUGGAACCACAGUUCUUCCAUGUUCUCGGUGAGACCAACCCGCUUGAAGGGAAGGCAUUUCAUGAUCUCGAAGUCGGUCAAAGAGUGUGCCUCGUCAAGGCACUCUGCGAUUACAAACUGCAACAUCACAAGAUGGUCCAAGACCACUUUGCAGAUCAAGAUGCAGAUGGAAUGAGGGAAAGGGAAUUGGGGGAAGACGCAGAGGGAAACAGCUACCUCUACUUCCCAUGCCUGAGCGAAAGGGACGUACGCAUCUACCGCAGAGGAAAAAUUGCCCCCAUCACUUACUGCUUCACGCUUCCGAAGAAGGCACCACCCAAAGCUCCCAAGCAGCCCCCUCCUCUAAAAAAGGGGAAACGCAAAUUACGAGGGAAGUCGGCAGCAGCGGAACCAACGCCGUCAAAAGUGAAAGCGAGGGAAGUGAUGAUCACACCAGCUUCAUCGAAACGACCUUCGCGAUUACGUCAGGUGAUCAAGCCAGUCCAGAGGCACUCCUACGACACGCCUGCCAGCCCACCAGAAGCACGGAGAGAAUCCACUCCCGAACCUGAGCACGUUGAGGAAGAGGACAACAACGAAAAUGCCGCGGAGGAAGAUGUGCAGGAGGAGCCAGCGCCAGAGAACACGUCGACAGAAGUUCCCGAGCCAUCGUUCGAGAUGGUAGUGAACAGCGUGGAACAGCUGCGGGCUCUCAUCGCGUCUCUCGAGAAGAAGGAAGAGGAUGCCGUGGUUGCAACCAGAAGCAGGGGAAAGCAGCAAGAGGAAAAACCGAGCCCUGCAGCACGUCUGCAGGAAAAGCUGGUCGGUCGUCUGCGAGCCCUGCUGUCUGAGCUGGAACCGCAGGAGGCACGUUUUCAGCAGACGGAGGCCACUGUGCGCCUCAAGUUGUACAAAGAAUGGCACGCGUUUGCCAAUAGGACAGAGGACCAAGAAGGCUCCCAGCAUGAGGAUGCCUGGAAUGCGUGGACGGUGCACUACAAAGACGAGGACAACGGUGUCUCCGAGGACAGCGACGAAGACAGCAUGGCUGAAGACGGGUACAAGGAGGAGGCCCCGAUCAGCGAAUCCGCAGCGGAUACACCGGAACCGGUUGAGCUGGACGAGAACAGCACGGUCCGUGUUCUUCGCAAGCGAAAGAUCAUCGUACCCAACGGACUUCUCGAAGCGACCGGCACGGGCGACCACCGGAACUUGGAAGUCGGUGACUUUAAAGAUGAAGAUGAAGAGGAAGAAGAAGAACAACAACACCCAAUGGCUCCUAUUAAGACUUACUCCGGUCGUACUCCUUGUUACCAGCCAAGAGAAGCCGCUGUGAAGCCAAAGGAAUCCGAGCCAGAGACCUGUGCCCCACCUGCCCUGCCUGCUAAUACGGCAGUACAAGAGGUAAAGGUGAUCGCCCAGAGCGAGCCAGAACCUGUAUUGCAGCAGGAGGCCGAAGUGCAGCUGUCGGAAAACUCUCAAACUGAGAUCACGAUGCAGGAAGCGACGAGCUGUGAGCCAAUAGAAGCUACCGUGCAGGAAGGAGGCGCUCCGACCGACACAGCCUUGAUGCCCCAGGCAGAAAAAAAGACUUAUUCGCGCCAACGUUCCAUGAAGAUAAACGCUCUGCUGCGAGCUAGAGCCAUUUCCACCGUGGCAAAAAAUCAAGUGAUUAAAGUGAACAGUACGUCACCGGCGAACGCCGUCCAGCGCGUGGUCAGGCACGUCUCCGGCGGACCGAAGCAGACGAUCGCUCGGCUGGUCAGCUCGUCGAACGUCACCCAGGUGAAGAAACCUGACCAGGGAAAGGUGCUGCACGGUGCAAGCAGAAACGUGCACGCAGCUCCUUUGCAGAACAACAGCACCAAAAUAAAGCUGGUGCCCACGAUGGACGCCAAGGGCGAAAACGUGUUCCUCCGCGUUGAAUACUCCAAGGCCACGACGACCCACCAGACUCCUAGAAUAGCGGCUGUAAGGCCAGUGCCACCUGAAGAGCCACCCAAGAAGUUCUGCGGAACGACUCCUCUGAAAUAUGGCAUUUCAAGUAGAGCCAUGGCUUCCACAGCUGCGGAGUCCUACCUCAUGAAGCGGAAGCAGGAGAACGAGUGCCCCAAGCCCGCAAUUUUAAAGUCGAGGUGCAAUCCGCAACAGAACGCGGGGCGGACCUUCCAUCUGCCGUGGUUCAAGAAGAACGGGAUUGCGGUGACGACGGCGGUUCGUGAGGUGCAGAAGUGCCACGAUAAGGGGCAGAAGAAGUUUUUCAGGUCAAAGAAUGUGGGCAUUACGUUCAGCCAAGCUUCUCCGUGCAACCCUGCGCCGCAGAAGCUGACGCACGUUGUAAUACAGCGCAGGAAUGCGGGGCAGGGCCCUCACACUCAACCGCAGGACCACGUGUCUCAGUGUAGCGUUACAGAUUACAAGAGUACGGCAGAACCCGACGGUAACGUGCAGCAUGUCGUAGCCCAGCCGGUUCUGUCGGAGCAGUUGCAAGAUUCCGCGUUGCAGGAUAGCGCGGACGAUGCAGCAACUGGGCAGGAAAGCACGGUGCAGAGUUUGUUCGAACAGAACGCAGUGGCGCAGCAAGACAUGCUGGAUCAUAACGUUACGGUGCAGCAAAGCAUAAUCGACCAAAACCUUCUGGCGCAGCAGUGUGCCAUAGACCAGGACACGUCCCUUCAGCAGAGUGUUGGAGAAAACUCGAUUUUUCAGCAGGGUCUACCUCAACAAGUCGGGCCUCUUCCGCAGCAGGUGUUGUGCAGUCAGUCGGACGCAUUUUUGAACCAGAAUGCAGUGAUGCCUUUGCAGGACUACAGUUUGAGCGGACUCAGCGACAACGUCAUCAUUUCGCAAAACAACGGGUCGCAAGUCAUGUACAUCCUUCCAGAAGCUCAGACCAACAGCAUGCUCAUCAACAGCAUGGCUUCCGUGCAGCCGCGGCAGACGCUGCUGCAUCAACAACAACCUACCAUAGUCGAUCCGUCGACCUUCCUCAACAUCCCGCAACCGACGGAAACGCCAAUGACGAUAUCACAGCCGAGUCCGAUAGAGCAGGUGCACCAAAUGCCGCAGGUAGACAUGAACUCGUACGCGAUGCAGUCUCCUCCAAUCGCAGCAAAAGAGCAUAUCCUGCAGCAAGCAUUGGAGUCCUGCCUCAUCGGCACGGGUCCCGAAAUGGGACAGGAUGCCGCGAUGAACGUCCUACAGCAGGUGCCUGAACCUGUACCACAGCAGCAGCAGGCUCCAGUGUUCCUCCUAACAAACGAUGGACGCCUUAUUCAGAUCGUACACAGCAGCUGAUACUGUAAUGCCCCAGUGUGGCCAGGUUGGACUUUUUAUUAAGCUAAAGCGAGACACUUGGGUAUAACCUUGUGCACGGCAGCGUUACGAGGAACACAAUGGAUUUUUGUAAUGAAUUUUUUUUUUCUAGUGAGCUCUCUGGACUGUAGAACUCGAGCAAAGUGUGCAUAUUUCCUGUGUCAUGCAGCACUUUGUGCGAAGAACAAAUUAUUUUUUUCUGCUGUUUACCUUGUACAAUAACCUUUUGCUCUCCAGGCCUGGUAAAGUCGGAGAGUGGUAUAUUUGCUAGGACGCGCCGUACAUCUGUGUACAUAAAACAACACUGUUUUUUCUGGGCUGUACAUGACACAUAGAUAGAACAAAGGAGGCACUCACCGCAUUUGUAACACGAGAUGCCCUUGGAUUUGCAAAAUAAAGAGUGAGAAAGAAAAGGAAGGCACCAGAUUCUCCAGUAAAAUGCA